UUUUAACUUCAUGUCGACGUGUUGGCUUACUGCAUACUAUGUCGAGCCGGAUGAUUUUACUAAAAAAUGAGAAGUCAAGUAGCGUUUUUAGCAUAACACGUUCAAACGUUUGACAUACAACGUUCAAAGGCAGAAGCUCCCAAACUGUUGAGGCCAUUGAGAUGCUGCAACACUUUUCACGAGUCAUGGUGCUUGAUCCACAAUGCUUAUGAAUAUGUACAGUAUCAGUAACAAAAACAGUACAAUGUACACGAGAUGCUGUUUCAAAGUUCUCUAAUGCCCGCAGUCAUGAUGAACUAACUGCAUUGGCUUUCAUUCAUUCAUUCAUAAGCCUUAUUUUGCAGCUGAUGCUCACACUGCAUGAUUAAGAAACCAUCAGUGCACUGGUCAGAAGUACAUUCUGCUGUUAACAGAGGAGCAAAGAAUGCUUUUAAAGCUACUGCUGUACUUGGGAAAAAGGUCAGUUUCAGUGUUUUCUUUCUAUGUGUUUUGCAUGGCUAAGGCGGGAGAAGAAGGGCCGCGCGGGGAUUGGGGGAAGUGACUUCCCACUUUUGAUUACAGAAGCAAGGCCAUAUAUACCGCUGUAAAACAUCCAACCUGUACAGGAGAAAGUGGGUGACGCGAAAUCGCUCUCACGUACACAUCUUCCUCGUUACUUCUUAUCCGCCCGCCAAACUUUCUCCGUCAAUCUGGGCAGGUCUGCCACGCAAACCAGCCUGAAAGAAACGCUGAAUGCCGAGGCGGUGGGUGCUGCCUCACCCCGUGCUGGCUCUGGAGUUACCUGAAGCCUUCCAGCUACUGCACCCAGAGAACAAGCUUCUCAUUUCAAUCGGCUGUUUCCGUGGGGAAUUGCGACACGAGCAGGUCCUGGGUGUGGCGAUGCCAGGAGAGCGCUCAGAUCUCCCAUCUUCCCCGCAUCUGGCAAAUCCUCCCAACCCGGAGUCGGCGAGUGACCGGCGCCCGGGACCAGCGUCGCCAUUCCGGAGACCGCGGGUGGACCGACCCCGCCGCAGCUGCAAAUUGCCGAGGCGCCCAGGGUGCACUGUGCGUGUGCGCUUCUCCCCCACCGUCUCCGCGCCUGGAGGCGGAUCCCUUCCUUGCACACAAGUCCUUAUAUGCACCGUUUGCACCAGCCCGCGAAACUCCGGCCCCACAAAUAAUUAAUGGGGGAGGGAACGUGUUGCUUUUUUCCCUCCGGCUCUUUCUCAGCGCAAGUGCGUCUGAACCUCGCGGAGAAACUCCAGGAUGCGAUCGAAGGGCCAUUUUGCUGCAGUGCACGAAUUGGCCACACAAAAAUAGAGCUUGGGUCCCCGUGAUAAGCAAGUCAAGGUUCAGGAACGGCCCUUCGCCUUCGGCCCGCGGAGUCCGCAAAAGCCUGGGCGGAAAGGCUGCGCGCCCCUCCCCCGUCCACGCCGGUGCAGAGGCACCGGGUCAGGAAGCUCUGCGGCCGAUCCCCAGUCCCAGACCACGCCUCCUCCACCUCCCCCCACCCCUUCACUCCUCCCAGGAAGCGGAGAUAGACAGUUCUGUGUGGUUCUCCACCCCCGCCCUCCCCCCGCGGAGUGGAGGAGUUGAUGUGUCUCAUUAUAACAGCCAAUGCAGCCGCCAUCCACGCACAGGCAAAGAAGCAUGUCCCAUUUAAAUACACCCACGCAGCCCCAGCGCCCUUAGCCGAUCGGGGCGCUCAGCCCACACGCACCGCCGCUCCGGGCUUGCAGAUCCGCGCAGGUUGGGCUCCGGGACCCGGCGGACCGACGCGCGGAGGACCGAGAUCCGGCGCCGUGGGGCCGGGGUGGGCGGGGAGGCUGGGCCCGGGGCCUGUGGCGCGACACCCGCAUGAGGACGCGAGUGAAAUAGACCAAGGUGGAAUUUCCAAGGGAGCAGCUUCGGGGUGGUUUUGGUCCAUUUCUCCAGCGAAGAAGUAGACAUGGCGAGCGACUCCCCGGCUCGAAGCCUGGAUGAAAUAGAUCUCUCGGCUCUGAGGGACCCCGCAGGGAUCUUUGAAUUGGUGGAACUCGUUGGAAAUGGAACAUAUGGGCAAGUUUAUAAGGGUCGUCAUGUCAAAACGGGCCAGCUUGCAGCCAUUAAGGUUAUGGAUGUCACAGGGGAUGAAGAGGAAGAAAUCAAACAAGAAAUUAACAUGUUGAAGAAAUAUUCUCAUCACCGGAAUAUUGCUACAUACUAUGGUGCUUUUAUCAAAAAGAACCCACCAGGCAUGGAUGACCAACUUUGGUUGGUGAUGGAAUUUUGUGGUGCUGGCUCUGUCACCGACCUGAUCAAGAACACGAAAGGUAACACGUUGAAAGAGGAAUGGAUCGCGUACAUCUGCAGGGAAAUCUUGCGGGGGCUGAGUCACCUCCACCAGCAUAAAGUGAUUCAUCGAGAUAUUAAAGGGCAGAAUGUCUUGCUGACUGAAAAUGCAGAAGUUAAACUAGUGGACUUCGGAGUCAGCGCCCAGCUUGAUCGAACAGUGGGCAGGAGGAAUACUUUCAUUGGAACUCCCUACUGGAUGGCACCAGAAGUUAUUGCCUGUGACGAAAACCCAGAUGCCACAUAUGAUUUCAAGAGCGACUUGUGGUCUUUGGGAAUCACCGCCAUCGAAAUGGCAGAAGGUGCUCCCCCGCUCUGUGACAUGCACCCUAUGAGAGCCCUCUUUCUCAUCCCCCGGAACCCAGCGCCUCGGCUGAAGUCUAAGAAGUGGUCAAAAAAAUUCCAGUCAUUUAUUGAGAGCUGCUUGGUAAAGAAUCACAGCCAGCGACCAGCAACAGAACAGCUGAUGAAGCAUCCAUUUAUACGAGACCAACCUAAUGAGCGACAGGUCCGCAUUCAACUCAAGGACCACAUUGAUAGAACAAAGAAGAAGCGAGGAGAAAAAGAUGAGACAGAGUAUGAGUACAGCGGAAGUGAGGAAGAGGAGGAGGAGAACGACUCAGGAGAGCCCAGCUCCAUCCUGAAUCUGCCAGGGGAGUCGACGCUGCGGAGGGACUUUCUGAGGCUGCAGCUGGCCAACAAGGAGCGUUCUGAGGCCUUGCGACGGCAGCAGCUGGAGCAGCAGCAGCGGGAGAAUGAGGAGCACAAGAGGCAGCUGCUGGCCGAGCGUCAGAAGCGCAUUGAGGAGCAGAAGGAGCAGAGACGGCGGCUGGAGGAGCAACAAAGGCGAGAGAAGGAGCUGCGGAAGCAGCAGGAGAGGGAGCAGCGCCGGCACUAUGAGGAGCAGAUGCGCCGGGAGGAGGAGCGGAGGCGUGCCGAACAUGAGCAGGAAUACAUCAGGCGACAGUUAGAGGAGGAGCAGAGACAGUUAGAGAUCUUGCAGCAGCAGCUACUGCAUGAACAAGCUCUACUUCUGGAAUAUAAGCGUAAACAAUUAGAAGAACAGAGACAAGCAGAAAGACUGCAGAGGCAGCUAAAGCAGGAAAGAGACUAUUUAGUUUCCCUUCAGCAUCAGCGGCAGGAGCAGAGGCCUGUGGAGAAGAAGCCACUGUACCACUACAAAGAAGGAAUGAGUCCUAGUGAGAAGCCAGCAUGGGCCAAGGAGGUAGAAGAACGGUCAAGGCUCAACCGGCAAAGUUCCCCCGCCAUGCCUCACAAGGUUGCCAACAGGAUAUCUGACCCCAAUCUGCCCCCAAGGUCGGAGUCCUUCAGCAUUAGUGGAGUUCAGCCUGCUCGGACACCCCCCAUGCUCAGACCAGUCGAUCCCCAGAUCCCACAUCUGGUAGCUGUAAAAUCCCAGGGACCUGCCUUGACCGCCUCCCAGUCAGUGCAUGAGCAGCCCACGAAGGGCCUCUCUGGGUUCCAGGAGGCUCUGAACGUGACCUCUCACCGCGUGGAGAUGCCACGCCAGAACUCAGACCCCACCUCUGAAAACCCUCCUCUCCCCACUCGCAUUGAAAAGUUUGACCGAAGCUCUUGGUUACGACAGGAAGAAGACAUUCCACCAAAGGUGCCUCAAAGAACAACUUCUAUAUCCCCAGCAUUAGCCAGAAAGAAUUCUCCUGGGAAUGGUAGUGCUCUGGGACCCAGAUUAGGAUCUCAACCCAUCAGAGCAAGCAACCCUGAUCUCCGGAGAACUGAGCCCAUCUUGGAGAGCCCCUUGCAGAGGACCAGCAGUGGCAGUUCCUCCAGCUCCAGCACCCCCAGCUCCCAGCCCAGCUCCCAAGGAGGCUCCCAGCCUGGAUCACAAGCAGGAUCCAGUGAACGCACCAGAGUUCGAGCCAACAGUAAGUCAGAAGGAUCACCUGUUCUCCCUCAUGAGCCUGCCAAGGUGAAACCAGAAGAAUCCAGGGACAUUACCCGGCCCAGUCGACCAGCUAGCUAUAAAAAAGCUAUAGAUGAGGGAGAAAUGGAUCUGACGGCAUUAGCCAAAGAACUAAGAGAACUCCGAAUUGAAGAAACAAACCGCCCAAUGAAAAAGGUGACUGAUUACUCCUCCUCCAGUGAGGAGUCAGAAAGUAGUGAAGAAGAAGAGGAAGACGGAGAGAGCGAGACCCAUGAUGGGACAGUGGCUGUCAGUGAUAUACCCAGACUGAUACCAACAGGAGCUCCAGGGAGCAAUGAGCAGUACAAUGUGGGAAUGGUGGGGACGCAUGGGCUGGAGACCUCUCACGCGGACACUUUCAGCGGCAGUAUUUCAAGAGAAGGAACCUUGAUGAUUAGAGAGACGUCUGGAGAGAAGAAGCGAUCUGGCCACAGUGACAGCAAUGGCUUUGCUGGCCACAUCAACCUCCCUGACCUGGUGCAGCAGAGCCAUUCUCCAGCUGGAACCCCGACUGAGGGCCUGGGGCGUGUCUCAACCCAUUCCCAAGAGAUGGACUCUGGGACUGAAUAUGGCAUGGGGAGCAGCACCAAAGCCUCCUUCACCCCCUUUGUGGACCCUAGAGUAUACCAGACGUCUCCCACUGAUGAAGAUGAAGAGGAUGAGGAAUCAUCAGCUGCAGCUCUGUUUACUAGCGAACUUCUUAGACAAGAACAGGCCAAACUCAAUGAAGCAAGAAAGAUUUCAGUGGUAAACGUAAACCCAACCAACAUUCGGCCUCAUAGCGACACACCAGAAAUCAGAAAAUACAAGAAACGAUUCAACUCAGAAAUACUUUGUGCAGCUCUGUGGGGUGUAAACCUUCUGGUGGGGACUGAAAAUGGCCUGAUGCUUUUGGAUCGAAGUGGGCAAGGCAAAGUCUAUAAUCUGAUCAACCGGAGGCGAUUUCAGCAGAUGGAUGUGCUAGAGGGACUGAAUGUCCUUGUGACAAUUUCAGGAAAGAAGAAUAAGCUACGAGUUUACUAUCUUUCAUGGUUAAGAAACAGAAUACUACAUAAUGACCCAGAAGUAGAAAAGAAACAAGGCUGGAUCACCGUUGGGGACUUGGAAGGCUGUAUACAUUAUAAAGUUGUUAAAUAUGAAAGGAUCAAAUUUUUGGUGAUCGCCUUGAAGAACGCUGUGGAAAUAUAUGCUUGGGCUCCUAAACCGUAUCACAAGUUCAUGGCAUUUAAGUCUUUUGCAGAUCUCCAGCAUAAGCCUCUACUAGUUGAUCUCACAGUAGAAGAAGGUCAAAGAUUAAAGGUUAUUUUUGGUUCACAUACUGGUUUCCAUGUAAUUGAUGUUGAUUCAGGAAACUCUUAUGAUAUCUACAUACCAUCUCAUAUUCAGGGCAAUAUCACUCCUCAUGCUAUUGUCAUCUUGCCUAAAACAGAUGGAAUGGAAAUGCUUGUUUGCUAUGAGGAUGAGGGGGUGUAUGUAAACACCUAUGGCCGGAUAACUAAGGAUGUGGUGCUCCAAUGGGGAGAAAUGCCCACGUCUGUGGCCUACAUUCAUUCCAAUCAGAUAAUGGGCUGGGGCGAGAAAGCUAUUGAGAUCCGGUCAGUGGAAACAGGACAUUUGGAUGGAGUAUUUAUGCAUAAGCGAGCUCAAAGGUUAAAGUUUCUAUGUGAAAGAAAUGAUAAGGUAUUUUUUGCAUCCGUGCGAUCUGGAGGAAGUAGCCAAGUGUUUUUCAUGACCCUCAACAGAAAUUCCAUGAUGAACUGGUAACAGAAGAGCACUUGGCACUUAUCUUCAUGGCGUUAUUUCUAAUUUAAAAGAACAUAACUCAUGUGGACUUAUGCCAGUCUAGAGGCAGAAUCAGAAGGCUUGGUCGAACAUAUCGCUUUCCCUUUUCCUCUCCCUCCGCCCCUCCCAAAACAGCCCAUCUUUCAAUGUUGCAGCCUGGUUGAGAAGGAGAGAGGUGGCAGGAAUUUCCAGGAGAUCCCCAAGAAUGCUGCCUUGUCUGUGGACAGAGAUGGACCGUGCGCCCUUCAGAGUUAGGGAUAGAAACAAAUAUUGUGUGCUCUUAACGAUUAAGCUGUGUUAUGGUGGGUUUUCAGUUUUUACCUUUUUUCUUUACCCCUUUACUCUGUAAGAAUGGGGAGAGAAUGCAUACUGAGAAAAUGAGCCUGUUUUUAAUUGUCUGCCUACUGGUUUUAAGUAUAUGGUAUGUUGUAAAAUUUCCAAUUUCCAGUGAUGAGAGAUAGCACAAUAAAUGUACCUUAUCUCCUUACACUGAAGGCCAUAACUACAUAGCGGGGUAAUUUAAGAACUCUCUUGCCUUCACCAACCUAAAGGGUUGCUUUUUGAUAGCAACUGGCUAAUGAGUUUUUAAAAGAGAAGAAAAGUACUAGUUUUCCCCUCUUUUGGGAAAUACAUUUAAAUGGCUAAACUCCUAGCCUUAAAACUACUAGUCUAAUAAAAUCAACUACCACUUUUGUGAAUCUGACAGGCCAUAUUUUUAUAUGGCUCUUUACAAAAUGGAGGGUGUUGAAUAGGGUACUAAUGCCACUGAGUUGAGCUGGCCUAGCAAUUGAGGGACCUCAGCGAUUAUGCAACAGAUUAGGGCAAAAGGUGGGAUGACAGAUGGGGUCACACAGAAAGAGCUUCUAGGAAACAAGCUUACAUAUUCUUUUUUAAAAUGCACAAAGCCUCCCAGCUAAGAGGUCACUUGGUUUGGGCUUCAUUAGGACUGAGACUUUGUUGAGUUCUUCCUGGGAAUUGGGGAGCAGACAAUAUUCACGCUCUGAACAUUCCCAGCCCUCUCCUGAGCAUGCCACUUUCACAACAUGAAAACUGUGACUGAAAAAAUUAUUAAUGAUGUUUCUGAGCUGCCUGUGUUCUCCCUGGGUGGGUUGAGAGAACGGACUAGACUCCUAAGCCUGCCUCAGAUACAGGAGGCAUCAUUGGCUCUAAUUUUAGAGAACUUGAAAGCAAGGCUUUGGACAAAAUUUUGAGACCCUAAUCACUUUUCCUUCCUCCAAAUUACCCAACAUACGGUAAACAACAUUUGUGCAGAGAUAUGUAUGUAUUUAGUUCAGGUUGACUUGUGUCCUUAUAAACUCUUAAUCAAAUGAUUUGAACUUUCACGUGACUGGGACUUUUUUUCCAAAGCUACAAGCAUGGCCGCCUGUGGUAUCGAGGUGUUGCAAACAAUAUCUGUGUUGCGCUUCCUGUUUUAACCUACCUCGUUUUGUUUGUUUUUGUUUCACUGUUCAUCACAGCAGUGUUAUCUCCAGGAGACAUAUAGAGAGCUCAGCUGGCAAUCUCAGGUGCAUCUCACAUUUUUAAAACAAAACAGUAGUUGACCAAAUUUUUCUUCGUAAAAAAAUUGGAGGUGGGGGGGAAAUCCAAUAACAAAAACUAAUGUGGCUUGUUUCUAGAGAAAAUAAUUACUGUAAAUGGAUUUAAAAAAAAAAAAAGCUAUGAUCCUACUGAUUUUGCCUAAAUACAUGAGCAGCUGAUGUACUAUUAAUGAGAACGAAAUACACAUUAGGAAAAUUGAGCCAUUUCCAUCUAGUGGUUUGGGCAAGAUGGGGAAGAGAAGGGGAAUCAUUCUAGUUUCUGGAUACAUUAUUAUGCUUCUCCCGUAAAGGUGGUUGUCAUUUGCAUUUAUUUAAAGCACGUAAUACCCAGGAAUGUAACUGAGGAUUAUCUAUCUUCAGGCGAUCAGCAAGAUAUCCUCCUCAUGGUCACUUUAGCUCUCAAAGGCAAUGAAAUCCUCCUGUUCUCAUUUUUACUGCUGUGGUUGUGCUGCUGAACAAUACUAUCUUCUCAAAUUCCAUGCCACAAAUUCAGCAAUAACUUUUUGGAUUGAAUUUAACAACUACUGUAAUUGGAUGCUGAUGUGGACAAAAUAGAUUGAUUUCAAUUUCAUUCCCGAAUGUGAUUGCCACCAACUCUUUAUAUUGCUGCUGUGGUAUUUUAAACCAGAAGCUUCUUUAAAUUAUGUUGCAAACUGAUCUUUGUUUUUAUGUUUUGUUUUGUUUUUAUUUCUAAGUGAUAAGUUUGGAACACACAGCUUUAAAUGAUUUUUUAAUUGUGGGAUUUUGGGUACAGUUAAGAAAUAAAAGGGAAUCAUUGUGUUUAAACAUAAGGUAGUUUGUGAAUGUAUUUUUUAAAAUCUAGAUUCAUUGAAACAAAAAAAUCAUAAGAAAACAAUAUUAAUGCAGUCUUGUUUACAGUAUGUACAGUGACAUAACAUAGAACAUGAGCUUUUCUGGUGCCAACAAUAAAACACAGACGUUAAACAUCAA